AGAACAUGUUGAGCAGCAUAUAUUUUGAACCAUUGCGCUUGCCGUACGAUUGGUUUUUUUUCCUGUGGAAACAUGGCGUCUUCAAUGUCACUCUUGGGUCUAAAGCGAUUAUCUUUGCUGAAUACAACGACCAAGAUAUUGCUGAAUUCUACUAGGUCCGUGAGCACGUCGGGAUGCAGGAUGGUGCAGACGCCCCCUCGCCCAGACUCACAGCUCAUCACCGUGGAUGCGAAGCUGGACCUCACCCCUUUGACGGGAGUUCCAGAGGAGCACAUAAAAACCCGAAAAGUGCGCAUCUCCGUCCCGGCCCGGACGGCUAUGCAGUCUGGCGUCAACAACACGCGCAAGUGGAAGAUGGACUUUGACACCCGCGAGCGCUGGGAGAACCCGCUGAUGGGCUGGUCCUCAACGGCUGAUCCUUUGUCCAACAUGGUCCUCACUUUCACCACCAAGGAAGACGCAAUUGCUUUUGCCGAGAAAAAUGGCUGGAGUUACGACGUUCAAGAGAAGAGGACAUCAAAACCAAGAGUCAAGUCCUAUGGAGCCAAUUUCUCCUGGGACAAAAGGACAAGGAGGUCUGCAAAAUAAAGACCGUUACCAUCUGUCCAUUCAACUCUUUAAUAUUUAUACACUAUAUACGAAAAUAUCAAUAAAAUACUUGAGGAAA